AGUCUUGCGGAGCAUUUGUUGGCACGUUCAGAACAGACCGAGUUCGGUACUUUUACUGGCUGCGGUGUAGUUCAAAUUGCAGCGUAAAUUUCGAAACAGUAAUCAGGAGAAAAAAAACAAGUUUUUGGUGAACGACUCAUUUUCCUCCGAGGAAACGCCGAUUUCAGCAGAAGCACAGGUCCUGCUCGGAAAUGGCACCCGUACUUGGAUACUUCGGUACGAGGGGAAAAGCCCAAAUGAUACGGAACCUGCUGGUCUAUAAAAACAUCGACUUCGAGGACAGGCGACUGCCGUUCGGCGGGCCUCCAGACUACGCCUGCACCCAGUGGCAAGCAGAGAAGUUCUCUCACGGCCUAACGUUUCCCAACUUGCCGUACUACAUUGACGGAGACUUCAAGCUGACGCAGAGCCUUGCCAUACUGCGCUACCUCGGCAGGAAGCACGACCUCGCUGGCAGGAAUGAGGAUGAGGUCACUCAACUGGACUUCUUGGAGCAGCAGGUGUUGGACCUCCUCUCAGAAAUGACCAAAGCCACCUUGUCCUCGGACGUGGAAGUAGCCAGAAAGAUUCACGAAACACUCAUCGGCAAGGAGCUUAAACCCUGGGACGAUUUUCUCCGCGGGCGAGCCUGGGCCCUGGGCGACAGACUUACCUACGUGGACUUUAUGCUCUACGAAGCCCUGGACUGGAUUCGCGAUACAAAGCCAGACGAAUUCAAGCGUUUCCCAACCCUGGUCAAGUUUCUUGACAAGUUUGAGGAGUUGCCCAACAUAAAGCAGUAUAUGGCGUCGGACAAGUACAAGAAGCGUCCUUUUCUGCGCAGGAAGUGAAAACAGGGUUUCUAGAAAGCGUCAAUCCACCACUGCUGGAAUAUUUGCAUGGAGUUCUUUUGCAUAUAGAGAGAAGUAGCGAGGUUAAAACUAAAAGUUUUUUUUUACAAUUUUCUGGAAAAUAGAAUACACUUUUGUAUUUAAGUAAAAUAAAAAAAAGGUUUUUGUG